AUGAUAAAUAAUGAAUUAGAUUACUUAAAAUAUAUCAUUUGUGAUAUAUUUGGUUAUUCAUGUAGUGAGAUAGUAGAAUUAAUUUUAGUAUACGGAAAUAAAUUAACUAUUAAUGAAAUUAUUAAUUUAUCAAAUUAUGAAUUUAAUAUAGUUAGAAAUAUUUUAUUAUGUUUAUUAAUUCAUAAUAUUUUAGAUAUUAAUAUAAUUUAUAGUAAAUUAGAUGAAUGUAAUCAUGUAACUAAUGAUGAUAAAAAGAUCACUUUAUCAUUUGAAGAAAAAAAUAAUGAAAAUAUUUUAAAUAAAAAAAUAGAAAAAAAUAAAGAAAUGAAUUUAAAUGAAAUAUGUCUUCUACCAGAUAAUGAAAAUUAUAAAUAUAUGAAAGGUUGUAAAUGUACUUACUGUAUUUGUAAAAUAAAACGAGUUGAAUACUUUGUUAUUAUUAAAAAUAUUUAUGUUCUUGUUAGAUAUUCUUCGAUAUUUUAUUAUAUACAUCCAACGUGCAUAAAUCAAAAAAAUGAAACAUCAGUAGAAAAUGUGAAUAAUACCAACAACAAUUAUAACUUUUUUCAUUCAGAAAAUACAAAUGAUGACAAUAUCAUUUAUUUAGAUGAUAAAAAUGAACAAGCGUUAGAAAGAGAUGAUAUUAUCAAUUUUAUUGAAAAAAUUAUUCUUAUAAGAAUUAUAAAAAAUGGAAGAAUGACCGUUGAUAAUUGUUUAAAAGAUUUGAAACAUGAUGAUUAUGUAGAAGUUUGUAAAAAGAAAAUUCCUAAUAUUAGUAAGCGAAAAUUAAGGUUAAUAUUUUUACAAUUAUUAAAAAAAAAAUUUAUAAAAAAAUGUAAAUAUUUUAAUGAGCAUGUAUGUGAAAAUAAUAAAAAUCAAAAUGAAAAUCUUCUCAUUUAUGAUAAUUCUAUUAAUUAUAUUAACUUGGAUUAUAAUCAAACUGUUGAUAAUAUAGAAAACAAUAUUGAUGAUACACAAAAUAAUUUUAAUAGUAUUAACAGUAAUAAUAAUAAAAUAAACAAUAAUUUUAAUUCUCUUGAUAAUAACAUUAAUAAUAAUUACAAUUAUAAUAUUAUUGAUAACAAUAUAGACAACAUUUUACUUUAUCAUAAAGCUAAUAAUACAAAUGACACAAAGAAACACAAUAUGCCAAAUAUAAAUGGACAAAGCAACGAUGUUAAAUCUACUUCAAAAAAAGGAAAAAAAAUGCAAAGAGAAGCAUCAUCAGUAAUAAUCGAUAAAAAAAAAAGAAAAAGAAAUACUGAAACAAAUAAUAUUAAAAAGGUUAAUAUUUAUCAAGAUGAAAAUGACAUAGAUGACAUUUUUAAUAUUCAUGAUGAAUUGAAUAAAAAUAAAAAUAAUAAUUUAGUUUAUAAUAAUAAUAUAAAUGAAAAAUAUAAUGAAAAGUUUCUAGAAAAAGAUAAAGUUCUUGUUAUAAAUAAAAUAAAUGAAAAUCCACAUAAAGCAAAUUAUUCAAAUGAUACAAAUUGUUUUUUAAAUAAAGAAGAUAUGCAAAAUAAUCUGUUAGAAUAUCUUGAUAAUCCCUUUACCUAUUUUCAAGCGAAUAGUGAAGUAUUAUCUCUUUUAUAUUUGAAGCAGGAAUGUUUUAAUUUUAUAAUUAAUUAUUAUAAUCUUAAUGAAAUAGCAAAAUGUAUAUUAUUCUAUUUAUUAAAGAAUGUUCAGCUUAAUUAUUCCUUCGAAGACAACAAUUAUAAUAUCACUUCAUCUUUUUCUUCAUUUGAAAAUAUAGAAAAAUAUGUUAUAGAAAAAUUGAAAAAGAAAAAAAUAUUUGUAGAUAAAAAUAUAGUAUUACAUAAUUUAAAUACAUUAAUCAAAUAUCCUGAUAACUUAAUAAAAACACAAUGUAAUGAGAUCAUAUGUUAUGCCGCUGACUUUUAUAAUAUAAAAACUAUUUAUAAAAGUAAAAUAACAUCAAAUAUAAUAGAAAAUAUGAUAGGAUUGGAUGCAUUAAGGAUAUGGAACUUUUUAAUAUCUACCUCUGACGAAAAAUCCAAUGACGAAAUAAUAAGUGAAAAUGUUUUAAUCCCUUUAAAUGAUGUUAGAAAAAAAUUGUAUAAUUUACUCUAUCAUGGAUUUAUAAAAUGCCAUGAAUGUAAUAACAGUAAUAAUAAUAAAACUUAUAUUAAACACUCAUUAUCAUUUUCGACGAAUAUUUAUUAUACAAAUAAUAAAAUAAAAGAAAAUUUAUUUAUUAUAGCAAAAAAUAUUUAUAUUAGAAAGUUUUAUGAAAACAAUGAAAUAAAUACUUUACACAAUAAAUCAAAUAUAUGUGUUAAUGAUAAAGAUGAUAACAAAAAAACUAAUAGUUUGACUUCAAGAGAAUAUGCAGUAGACUACUUAGAAAUUAGUUUAAUAAAUGUAGAUAAAUUUAUUUUUAUAUUUAACGCUUAG